GACUUCCGUCGAUCCACCUUGAGGUUGCGAUCAUCCAGCUUGCAGGAAAUUAUUGAGGGGUUGAGCUAACUUAGCAACCGUGAACUUGAUUUCUUCCUGUGGCCUCUUACCGCACGACCUUAGGCUGCGACGAAGUCAAGAAGGUAGGACUGCCUAAACCUUAUUAUUAAUUGCUUAAGCACAACUUCUGGCUCUGUGCACGCGAAGCACACAUUCCGUCCUAGUAUUGUUUCCCCCAUUUAGAAAGUCGAUCUAACCCAUCACGCCAUAGUAGACUGCCCACCGUCCGUGUUUCUAGACGUCUCCAAAAACAUCAUAAGCGAGUAGCCAUGGCGGGCAGCCAGCCCAUGCCUGCAGACGAGGAGGACUUCCACGAUGCCGUCCACGCCUCCGCGCACUUCGGCGCGCCGGAAGAUUUCAAGCCGUCCGAUUACAGCAACAUCAUCCGACGGUACUCGCACCUCGGCGCCACGCACCCGAGUAACCCGUCGCUCGCGUUCGCGAAGGCUGGCGAAGACGACAAGUCCGCCGGGGGGAAGGGGCGUCGUUCGCUAUCUAUGGGCGGAGGCGUGAAGAAAGGCAAGGGGUCGUCUGUCGCAUCGACCCUCGGGCGCGCGGCAGCACGUGUCGGAAGGACGCUGGGCGGAAAGGGCGGGGCGCAGGGAAAGUCCAAGUCCGCCGUGGCGCCAAUUCAGGACGACGAAUUAACCAAGCCCAACGAGCAGCCGUCGAUUCCCAUCGUGCUGCAACCCUUCAUGGGAUCGUACGGCUCAGAGAAGCAGUCAGAAGUGACGAAGCAGCUGCAGGAGGAGAAUCGACGGCUGAGGGAGAGGAUCGCGAUGCUGGAAGCCGUCCACGCGGAGGAGGCGGACGACGGCGACGACUUGGCGCGCCAUCGCGUGCGAAUGCUCAAAUCGUCCAACCUGCAGCUCGAGCACCAGCUCCUCGCCUCUGAGUCCUCUUCCCUGACCGCCAAGGCGAUCCGCAACGAGCUGCUGAGCGCCAUGGACCAUCUGCACCGCACCGUCGAGACCCUGCACGUGCACGCGGGGGAGGAAGAGGCGGAAGGGGAGUUGGCGGAAGGGGCGGAAGGGGGGGGAGCGGAGAUGGAGAACGCGCAGGCGGGAACUCUGGACCAGUCUCUGCUGCCAGCUGCCGCGCUCUCAUUGGACGACGCGCAGCCCGCGGCGCAGGAAGCGGCGAGCGUGGACGAGAAGGCGAGCGCCGGUGCAGCGGCAGCGGCGGUGGCGAAGGGGGUGAGCAAGGUCGGCGCGGCGCAGCAGCCGCUGACGCGGCGGAACUCCUUCGGAGGACGCGGCUCCGCUCCGCUUUCCGCCGCCGCUUCCUCCGCCUCCCGCCCCAGCACCCCCGGCGGCCGCGGCACCUCGUCGUUCGCCAGCGGCUCGCCACGUGGCACGACCCCACGGGCAACGGCCACCGCGGGGAAGGGGAGCGCGUCGCCCACGGCAGGCGCACGUCGGGGUGGCGCCGCGGCGGGCAGCGCGGGGAAGGGGAAAACCGGCGGCGGAAGUUUUGGUGCGCGCGGGUGGGGAGUUGGCCCGGGGAAGCGGAACGGCGCGGGUGUUAACAAUAAGAAUGCCGACAAAAAGACUGCCGCGCCUGCCGCCGCGAAUGACGGGGACGGCGGCAUGGAGUUGACGUCUGCUGGAAGCCGCAGCGCGAGCCUGAAAGACGGGCCGCUCGUGCUAGACCCCUCUAUUAUCACAUCGUCUGCCGUCUCCACGCCUAUGGGCACACCGCGCGCUGGGAACACCCCCGCGGGGAGCCCCUUCGCCACGCCGGCCGCGCCGGCCACUCCCGUGCCGACACUUGGCAGCAUGCUGGCGGCGGCCGGACAGGUGGCGAUCGCGAAGGAGAAGCUCGAGGAGCUCGCCUCGUGGAGCAAGGAGGCGCGCGAGAAAGUUUUGAUGCUGCUGCCCGCGCCGGGCGGAAAGGUCGGCGAGCUGCCCGCGGAGGAAGGCGCGGGGAAGGCGGAGGAUGCGGAAGGAGCGGGCGGAGCGGAGGGCGGAGCGGAGAAGACGAGCAUGAAGGCGAUGGGCGCGCCCGAGCUGCCGUGCGCGGGGAACCGAUUCAUGGCGACGAACGAAGACGGCGACCCCGUGGCGGGCAUCGCGGCGAACAUAUGCCGCUCCGUCGAAGGGUCCGCGCCGCUGCUGGAGUAUGCGCGCGUGCACGAGCUGGAGGGGCGGCUGGCGGACCUGCAUCCGCGCCUACUCGCGCUCUCGUCGCUCCUCGAUCAUGUCGUCUUCCCCAGCCUCCCCGCCGAGACCUCCUCCGCAGUGCUUCAGGAGAUCCGAGUUGCCAUCGCUGACGUGUACGACACCACGCGCGCGCUGUCCGAGCUGGCGGCGCUCGUGCCAGCUGGUGCGCAGCUGUUCGGCGUGGGGACGGGGGAGAGCCUGAUGCUGGCAGCAGCAGCCGCCCGGGCGGCAGGAGGGGAGGAGGGGGGAGCGGGAGGAGGGGGGGAGAUGAUGGAAGUGCAGCAGAGGCUGGAGUGGGAGAGGGAGAGGAGGAGGAGGGAGGGAGUGAGUGUGGCGGACCUACCCUCUGUGGAGCAGCUGCUGACUACCGGCCUGGCUGGGCUUAUGGGAGUGGGGGGAGGAGUGGGGGGAAUGGGGGGAGAGUAUGGGGGGGAGGGGGCGCGGAAUGGGGAGGUGCAGGCGCAGGUGCUGGAGGUGGUGGGGCGGUGCCGCAAGGUGGAAGCGCUGUGGCGGGCGGAGAUGUCGGGGCUGCAAGAGGAGAUGGGGUUCUACCGCGGCUGCCAUGCUGCCCAGGCGUCCCACGUGAAGCAGAUAGCGUCAGCAGCCAAGGACGCGCUGCACACGGUGCUGGGAGAUGCCCAUGAGAUAGUCGCCGCUGCUGCCACCUCCAUUCAGAAGAUUCUGCUGGCAGUGACUGACUUUGAGAGCGAGCCCACUCCGGAGAUGAUGCAGCAGUUGGCAGCCAAGGUCAAGGAGGAGGCAGGCACACUCCGCCGCUUCGCCGAGUUGCUGCCGCAGGCCUUCUCAGCAGAGGCCAAGGUGGCCGAGGUGUUCGACCCGCUGGAGCAGGAGUUCAAGGAGAGGAUGCAGGCUGUGUUUGAGACCCUUCAGGCUCGGAGAGCGGCUCUGGCUCGGCAGCGCAGUGAGCUUCACGGGCAGAUCAGUGGGCGGUUUGCAAACCAGUCUGGGCAGCAGGGCAAGGGCAAACUGAUGCGGGUCAUUUCCCUGCAAGGCCAGUAGUGCAUCGGAUGAAUUGACUUCCUUGUGUUUUGAGUACAGGGCUUGAGGUGACUAGUUGGUAGAUAGGUAGCUCGUCCUUUCAACUAACAUUUGUCGCUGCAGUCUUAUUUAGGUAGUUGCGCAAGGACAUUUGUUACUGUUUGUUGCUCGCUCAUAAGCAUCUUCCAUGCAACCUUAUGAACCCAAGGUCGUGAGCAUGGCAAGCCUUCAUUUCAAUAUCGAGCAGCCCUCCACAACUUCUUCCCCCCCAUCGGCAGUUUCAAGAAUGAACUGAAUCCUCACUCAGGAAGACGCCAGUUUUUUCCUGUGAUUGCCAGCUGAUCCAUUUGAUUCUCUAGGAUAGUCGCCUGUUCUCAUUCCACUCCCACGCCCUUCUUUGUAUGAGACCCUCACAAGCAGACCGCGAUUAGAAGCUCUUGAUCUUUGGUAAUUUUGUUAGAGCCUUUAGCAGACAUGGCUGAUAAAGCUCCACCAGUUGGCGCACCUCCCGCUCAAGGCUAUCCACCACCGCCUGGUGGUUAUCCUCCGCCUCCUCAAGGAUACCCGCCUCCUCCUCAGGGAUAUCCUCCUCCGCCUCAGGGCUAUCCUCCUCAGGGUUAUCCUCCCCAGGGCUACCCUCCUCAGGGCUAUCCUCCCCAGGGUUACCCCCCACAACCUGGAUAUCCGCCUCAGGGAUAUCCUCCGCAACCUGGUUAUCCGGGACACCCACCUCCUCCGCAACAUCAGACAGUCAUCGUGCAGAAGCGAGACAACGACGCUGAUUGCUGCGCCGCUCUGUUGGCUUGCCUCUGCUGCUGUUGCAUGAUGGACAUGCUGUUUUAGAAGAUCUUUAUGGUGACGUACAUCGAGUGUACAGAUUUAUGACUGUUCAUCACCUCAAGGAUAAUCAAUCAGUCCGCUAAUUAUUUAGAACUACGGUAGGCGCAUAACAAGCGCAUAUCAUCCUGUCUGCGUGAUGCCAUACUGUUAUCAACUUUGACCUGCAAGAAUUUCACCUCAGUAUCUCAUGGUUGCAUGUGUUACCUCUUGCGACCUCAUAAGAUGCUGAUUUCGCAGCUUGUAUUUACUAUUGGUGGACA